GUGGGCGGCAUUCGCGGCAUGACCGCGGUGCAGAGUCCUACGGGGACUGGCUCAUCCAUCUUGUUUUGCUGGAACCCCAACAGCACCUCCAAGUCCUGGAUCCUCCGUUGCGAUUUCGACGGCGAAAAAAAAUUGAUGCAGCCGAUAGAGGAGACCUCCAUCAACGCGGAGGCCAAAAAAUAUCUGCAGACCGAAGAUCUGGCGUAUACCUUGGCGGCCUACAACAACAUGUUGCCCAGUCAGGUCGGAAAGCACCAGUGCAAUCUCAUUGGCUUUGAGAUCGUCGUUUACGGUGGAGGCCUCAAGAAGCUGCAAUUGGAUCAAGUUAAAGAGAAGCACGCCUAUUGGGCCGGCGCGGGCAUCGCCUGCCGCGUCAACGGCCACGACUACUUCGUCAUCGAAGUGGGUGGCGUCGGGGGAACUGGUCAGGCCUUAACGGCCGUGCGAUGCUUUGAAAAUUCGCCCUUCCCGGAGGUGCGGCGCGGUGGGAAGAUGCUGGAUAUGAUCAUCACUGACACGGAGGGAGCCAAACACCAUCUACUUCGGUGGCUACGAUUGCAACAGCUGCCCAUCGAAUCACACCGCCUGGAUUUGGAAGUGCACUCCUGCCUAGGACACCGGGUCCCAAAAUUCUGUGCGAAAGCUCGACCGGAUCCGAGGCAAGAGUCCGCGGUUGAGGACUGCAGCCGAGUAGCGGCACUUGGAAGCCUCCAGGCCUUGGGUAACAGCCUCGAGAGUGCCUUGCUGGAACAGUCCAGCGACAGUGCCCAGCUGAAACGCGUGGCCGCGCAGCUGUCUCCGGACGUGUCGCAGGCAGCCACGGUGCCUUUGAAGGUGCUGAGCGUGUCUGCUGAACUGCGAGUGGAACUGGCGAUCGAGGCUCCCUGGUUGCCUUUGGAACUGGUGCUCUUCCGCGAUGGGCAGGAGGAGAAAGCCUGGGCCAGCGCGCACUUCGCAGGGCAGCGGCUGGUCAUGCUGCUACCAAGCCUGCCCAAGGGCCAGUACCAGCUGAAACUCUCAUACUGGUCCCCCGCGGGCACGGGUGCAGCGGGUGCAGCUCAACGGCACUGCGCGGCACUGCUGGGCACUGUCGCCUUGCUGGCGGCGAAGGGCAGGGAUACCUCCAACUAUCGCCAGGAGAGAUAUGCAUUCUGUCAUUGA